UUGCACUUUAGGGUAUUUUACACAGUCUAUGGUUAGGAGGCGACCCCUGGCAAUAAAAUGGCAGUUUCCCAGCAAGACAAAACGCCACAUAAAAGUAUAAGAGAUGUAUGUCGUCUGUGUGAUAUUACUUUUACUGAUAAAAGAGACAAACAUAAUUUGAUAAUCGGUGCCAGAGAAGUGAAACCUGCCUAUACUUCAGCUCUGGAGGAGCUUACUGGACCCGUGAACGCCACAGAUGAUUUAAUAGCUGUAUGUGGGUCUUGCAGAAAUUUAUUGAACCGAUAUCACAGAUGCUCUUGUGAAGUGAAACGUAUAGGUGCACUGGUAAGGUCAAUGUCACGAGCGCACUCCGCUGCCAGAUGUGCAGAACCAACUCCGACUGACGAUGAUCCUGUCAGAAAGCGAAUCAAGAUCGAGCAUGAAGAUCUUGCCAUUUCCCAGAUACAUCUUUCAGUUUUCUCAUUGGAUGAAAUACCUGCAGUCGAACGCUGCACAACAUGCUGCAGUCAGUUCCACUGCCCCCUGUGUCCCAAACACCUCUUUAAACCGAGCAAACCAAGCAGAGUUCGGCAGCAUUUGGAGGUCCACAUCAAAAAUGCCAUUACAUUUGAAGAUAAGAAGAUCUGCCGCUGCAAUUUGACUUGCAGGAAUGGGGGACAUUAUCAUUGUCCCAUCUGUGACACAACUGUCAUUAGAAGGACAGACAUGGAAGCGCAUGUAAAGUCUUGUGCCAUACAACAAACAUCCACCUCAGCUGCUGCCCAGUCCAAUCCGAGUCAGGAUUCAUCCUUCCUCUCCCUGCAACCAAGUCCAUCUGCAUCACCAUCUCCAGACCUUCUCGUGCAACAAUCUAUUCAAACAUCUUCUAUCAUCCACUCCUCAGCAGACACACAAUUGUCAUCGUUAUCUCCUUUGAUUUCCUCUUUUGUUGAAACUGAAAAACUGAAAAAGGUUGACUGUCCCCUCUGUUCAGUAACUUGUCUUAAAAAAAACUUGGCCAAACAUAUGCAGAGGAAGCACCCCUAAAAAUCACCUGCCUGACGUUGUGGGUAUGGGGGAGGAGGAGCAGGCAGAGGCUGCUCUACAGUAUGGGAGGCUGUGGAAAGAAGACUUGGACGAGAACGAAAGAGAAGCAACCCUGGAGCCAUUCAAAUUCACAUUUCACAACCCUGAUGACGUGGAGAUAUUGUGAAGAAAUAAUAGAGAAAAUAAAUUAUUUGGCUUAUUGUGAAUGUCCCACUGAGUGAGUCUGUGUGUAUGUGUGAGUAAAGGUAUACAGAACAUUUGAUCAUGUUGUGACUUGGUGGGGGGUUUUUUUGUGUGUUUUUGUUUUCUCGUUGAUCACUUAAUAAUUUUACAUGGCUUAUACUGUAGAUAUCAAGAGUUAGGGUAGUAUUUAGUGUUACUUAGGUGUUCCAGCAGCACGAGAACAUAAUUAGCAUAGACAUAGAACCAAACAUGAAAUUUAUGGUGGUUAAGAAUAAAAAUACAGAAUAAUACAACAGAA